AUGUCCAACAGCAGCUCCAUCACUGAGUUCCUGCUCCGUGCUGAGUUCCUCCUCCUGGCAUUUGCAGGCACACGGGAGCUGCAGCUCCUGCACUUCUGGCUCUUCCUGGGCAUCUACCUGGCUGCCCUCCGGGCAAUGGCCCUCAUUAUCACCGCCAUAGCCUGUGACCACUGCCUCCACACCCCCAUGUACUUCUUCCUCCUCAACCUCUCCCUCCUCGACCUGGGAUCCAUCUCCACCACUGUCCCUAAAGCCAUGGCUCAUUCUUUGUGGGACACCAGGGCCAUCUCCUACUCAGGAUGUGCUGCCCAAGUCUUUCUGUUUAUCGUUUUCAUUUCAGCAGAGUAUUAUCUUCUCACUGUCAUGGCCUACGACCGCUAUGUUGCCAUCUGCAAACCCCUGCACUACGGGACCCUGCUGGGCAGCAGAGCUUGUGUCCACAUGGCAGCAGCUGCCUGGGGUGGUGGGUUUCUCUAUGCUUUGCUGCACACUGCUAAUACAUUUUCACUACCCCUCUGCCAUGGCAAUGCUGUGGGCCAGUUCUUCUGUGAAAUCCCACAGAUCCUCAAGCUCUCCUGCUCAGAUGCCUACCUCAGGGAAGUUGGACUUAUUGUGUUUAAUCUCUUAGUAGUAUUCAGCUGUUUUGUUUUCAUUGUGCUGUCCUAUGUGCAGAUCUUCAGGGCAGUGCUGAGGAUCCCCUCUGAGCAGGGACGCCACAAAGUCUUCUCCAUGUGCCUCCCUCACAUCACCGUGGUCUCCCUGUUUAUCAGCACUGCCAUGUUUACCUACCUGAAGCCCCCCUCCAUCUCCUCCCCAUCCUUGGACCUGGUGCUGGCAGUUCUGUACUCGGUGGUGCCUCCAGCAGUGAACCCCCUCAUCUACAGUAUGAGGAACCAGGAGCUCAAGGAUGCAGUGGGGAAACUAAUAACUGGAUGUUUUUCUGAAGCAAAAAACUUCUUCUGUAGAGCAGCUAUAAUGUACCUCAAUACAGGCCCAGCCUAUUGUCUGUAA